UCCACAUUGUGUUUUCUAGAAGGACGGUGGAGCAGCCCAUGUGGGCACCUCGCGAUAAGGGAAGCUCUCGGCCAGGGUGCCCCAGCUUGUCCGCGACAUGGAGGUGGCGGCGACGCAUUAGGGUCCGGAUCGUCCAUGCGACAGCAACGCAGCUCGACGGGAGACGGCUGCCGGGACGGAGCUGGCCAAGCACUCCAUCACCGGUGGUCGUCCUCGUACAAAAGAGUUGCCGCCCGCCUGCCUGCCAACCUCGAGCCUGUCCUCCUCCUGCUUGCCCCAGGUCUCUGCAUCCCGCGACCCUCGCAGCAUAACCACCUCCGCGUGUCGAUCAGACUCUGUGUGUAGCACCGCAGCAUCUUGGCAAGAGAUGGCUUCCCCUACCACCGCCACGGCGCCUGCCCGCCGGACCACUGGCGACAGCAUCAGCGAUGCCGGUGUCGACGUCGAUGAGAAGAUGCCGCACACACCUCCCGGAGACGCCCAUGCGCCCCUCCACGACCCCAACUUCAUUGCCGAGGACUACCCCGGCAAGCCCACGGAAGAGGAGAUGCGCACGCUCCGCCGCGUGCCGGGCAAGCUGCCCACCAUUGCCUACCUCAUCUGCAUCGUCGAGUUCUGCGAGCGUGCCUCGUACUACGGUGUCCAGCCCCUGAUCAACAACUUUGUCAACCGGCCCAUGCCCCGCGGCGGCAACGGCUAUGGUGCGCCCCCGAUCGACCCCAACGACCAGCAGACUGCCGGUGCCCUCGGCAUGGGCCCCAACGUCGCCAACGCCGUCUCGCAGUCCUUCAGCAUGUUGGCCUACGCCCUGCCGCUCUUCUUCGGCUACAUGGCCGACACCCGCACUGGCCGCUUCAACAUGAUUCUGUACGGCAUCGGUGUCUUUGGUGUGGCCCACGUCCUCAUGUGCGCGGCCGGUGCCCCUGACCUCCUCGCCAGCGGCAUGGCCAAGGUCCCCUACUUCAUCUCGCUCUACACGCUCAGCAUUGGCGCUGCCAUGUUCAAGCCCAACGUCUCGCCUCUGCUGCUCGACCAGAUGACCCACAAGGUCCCCAUUGUCGUCGAGACCGCCAAGGGCGAGCGUGUCAUCCAGGACCCCGAGCACAGCGCCGAGCGCGUCAUGCUGUGGUUCUACCUGCUCAUCAACAUUGGUGGCUUCAUGAACGUCGCGACCACCUACUGCGAGAAGUACGUCGGCUGGUGGUUGGCUUUUGUGAUCCCCCUGAUUCUCUACCUUCCUCUGCCAAUCCUCAUGUGGUGGCUCAAGCCCAGACUCAUCCUCCACCCUCCCGGAGGCAGCGAUCUCGGCAACGUCGUCAAGAUUAUCGCCAUCUGCUUCCGCCGCGGCGGCAUCAAGCGCAUCGGCCGCAAGGGCUUCUGGGAUGUCGCCAAGCCCUCGCACAUUGCCGCCUCCGGCCUCGAGCGCAAGUUCACCACCCACUGGAACGACGCAUUUGUCGAUGAUGUCCGCCGCACCUUCCAGGCCACCGGCAUCUUCUGCUUCUUCCCCAUCCAGUACAUCAACGACAACGGUCUAGGCUCUGCGGUCAGCUUCCUGAGCACCAUGUUGACCACCAACGGCGUGCCCAACGACGUCAUCAACAACUUCAACUCGCUCUCCAUCAUCCUCAUGGCCCCUGUCCUCAACUACGGCCUGUACCCUCUGCUCCGCCGUCUGAACAUCCACUACGGCCCUGUUGCCCGUAUCACCACCGGUCUCGCCCUCUCCACCCUCGGCGGUGUCGGCUACACCAUCCUGCAGAAGUACGCCUACGAGCAGUCCCCUUGCGGCUAUCUCGGCUCCUCCGACUGCACGAUCGGCACGGGUGUCGCCCCCAUCAGCAUCUGGUGGACCGGUCUCCCUCUCGCCAUUGGCGGUAUUUCCGAGCUCUUCAUCAACGUCCCCGCCUACGGUAUCGCCUACUCGCGCGCUCCCGUCAACAUGCGUGGUCUCGUGUCUGCCAUCAACCUCUUCAACACUGCCAUCGCCUACGCCAUCGGCCUGGCCUGCUCCAGCGUCGUCAGCGACCCCUACCUCGUCUGGGUCUUCGGUGCGCCGACCAUCAUCGGCGGUGUCCUGACCGUCAUCUUCUACUUCACUUUCCGCCACAUCGACAAGGAGGAGUACACCCUCACCUCUGCGUCCGAGCACCCCCAGAGUGCCAUCACCGGCACUGGGCCCGUCGUCGCCGAGAACGACCUCAACAAGAGCAUCAACCGCCCUGCCCCCAUCGCCGACAACGAGGAGAUGAUGAUCUCUCAGAAGCAGUAGAGGAGUUCUUUCCCGCCGCGCAGGAUACUGAUCUCAGCAACAAAGGGAAUUUCUUCUCCGCAUGGCGUGUCCCGUAAAUGAUCAUGCCGUUGAGCCAGCGUUGUUGUAACUGCUCCCAGAAUUAGCAUAUACCCCUCAAAACUUUUCAUCAAAUAUUAAAAGAUUCAAUCCCCU